CCGUCAACAAUCCCCCCCUCAUCACAUCACGUCUCAAACACAAGAUUGCGCCCUAAAGCAAAUCUCGAUCUUGACCACAUCCACAUCUCCCUCUCCGCCUACAACACACACAUCAUGUCUGCCUUCCUGUCUUCGCUGCGUCCUGCCAUGCGCGCCACCUCCGGCGCCGCACAGGCUGCGCGUUCCUUCAGCUCCUCCUCGUCGCGCUCCGUCGCGAAGAUGUUCAUCACAGGCCGUCUUGCGACCGAGCCCGAGUUGCAAGUCACCGCCUCCGGCACGGAGAUUGUCAAGUACUCUGUUGCCACGCAAUACUACUCCAAGGGCGAGAAGCCGACGAGCUACUUCAAGGUCUCGGUCUUCCCCGAAGGCGGCCAGAAGGAUUUCAUCCUCGGCCUGCCCAAGGGAACUCUUGUUUUCGUCGAAGGAGAUGCCGCCAUGCGCACAUAUGAAGACGGCAACGGCAACAAACGAUCGUCGCUGAACAUCCUUCAACGCACUCUUGAGGUCCUGAGACGCCCUUACAUUCCCACCGAGUCCGCCGAGGGCGACGAGCAGGGCACCAACUAGGCCAGAGUCCACACCAUGCACAAAACCCCUGCAGGGCGCAACCACUCCGUCGACGCAAACCAAGAAAAACACAUACACACACCACACCCCACUCUGGAUUCAAUAUCCGCUGCACAACGAAAUAGGACAGAUAGUUCUUUGCGAGGACCCAUUGCCCUUCCCGUUGUGGGAGGAGUAGGAUCGCGUAUUUCUUGGAGAUCAGGCCUUGGAUCCAUGCCGGUAGAACGGAUAUGUUGCUUGCUGGUCGACGUUCUUUAUGUCUCUCUCCCUGUCCAUCUCUCUCUCUCUCUGCCCGCUAUACCCGGUCGUUGACAUGACUGUAUGUCUGUGGGUUCCGCCUAUGUCUGCCUGUUUUCCACGGUUACAGCCAUGCAUCCCCCAUUUGUACUUAUAGCGCGAUUUAAAUAAAGUUGGAGACCAGUACGCUGUUCUUCCGGG